AUGACGCCAUCAUUACUCAAAUUAAUACCGAGAUCAUAUCUGAUGAAAAUGUUCGAUGAGAAUUCAUCCUCAAUUCGUAUUCUUCUGCUCGGUGGUGAAGCUUUUCCAUCAGAGAAAGAAGAAGUGGAUAUCGGUGAACCAUUAUUGGAUACAACGUUCAACAUUAGUGAUGAAGGCGAACUUUUAAUUGGUGGUCCGAGAAAGUGUUACGUGAACGGAGUGAUUACGGACGACGAUUGGGUAGCAACAGGCGAUUUGGUGGAGCGUUUAGAGGAUGGUAGGAUAGUGUGGAGAGGACGUCUCGACGAUCAGGUCAAAUUGAAUGGUAUUCGAGUGAAUUUGAUGGAAAUCACGAGUGAAGUGCAACACUUAGGAGAAGUCGAUUCGGCAUUAGCGAUUCAUUGGCGCAAACAAGCGAUUAUAUUGUUUGUUAAAAUGAGAGGACAGUUGAACGAUAUUGAUGCAUACUUACAAAAGCAUAUCACCUCAAAGUGGUUAUUUCCGAGUGUCGUUUUUGCUAUCAAUGAAUGGCCAUUGAAUGAACACGGUAACAAUCUAAUUCUGAAUCGUAGUGCUGAUAAUUCUGAGUUGAAAAUAUUCACUCUUGCUUUUGGGAAGAUUGAUCGUGAUGGACUUCUGGAAAUAUUUAAGGAACGUAACUGUUCAGUGAAACGUGAAAACGUUACAGCUGUUCUGGCUGAAUACGGUAUCGAUGUCGACAAGAACAAAUUCGACAGUUUACAUUCUUUGGGUAUGACGUCUUUAUGCGCCACUGAAUUGAUGUUCAAAUUCGAGCAUUUGAUUGAGAAAGAAGAUUUCGAAUUGCUGCAAUUCUUACUUUCUGAAACGGCGACCGUCAGCGACUUACUACAACUUCUUCAAGCUGAUAACGUGACAUUCGAUUCGACGGCGAAAAUGAAACUUGAAUCGAAAGAAAUUAUUCGAAUAAGUCCACGUUGCGAUCAAUACGAAACGUCUUUAGUGUGGGAAUGGGAUUCAGGUGCAUGCAUUGAUGCCACACCAAUCAUACAUAAUCGAAAUGUUUUCAUCGGCUCUCAUUCGGGACGUUUUGCAUCAAUUCGCAUCGAUGAUGGACACGUCAACUGGGAAGUGAAGUUGGCGAAUAGAAUUGAAGCGACGGCAAAUUUGCAAGAUGGAGUUAUUGCAGUUGGUAAUCAUUUCAUCUGA